GACUCACGCAAAUCUUCGUCGUGCUUUUAAAUUUGUGUUCUAUUUCAAGUGUUUUGUUGAAAAAUGCGAUCGAAAAGGAAAGCUAAACGUGUAUCCUUUGUCUGCAAACGAAACGGGUCAAAUCCAGCAAGACGAUUCGUACGAGCCAGACGAUCCGCCAAACGACACAAACCAUCAGAAAAAAAUGAAACGAAAGACAUCAACUCUCUACCAGUAGAGCUUCUGUGCAUGGUGUUUGAUCUGCUAAAUCUGGAGAGCAUCAAGGCCGCGUCUCUUACCUGCCGCAGAUGGAACGACAUCAUCUUUUCUAGCGGAUAUGGGAGCCGGUUUGUCUUCCAAAUGAAAUUGGUACAAGAUGCUCCUCGUUUGGUAUUGAAAUACCGCUGGAAUAGUCCAUUCGAUAGAGAAGCGAAACAAUGGGAGAAUACCCAAGCCGAGAAGGCUUUGCGUAUUGUAAGUGGGAGCCAGCGGAGCUAUCGCGCCGUACGAUGCGAGACAAAUAACAACCAGUCUGCUCACAAUCCAACGAUAUUGGCGGCAAUUCAUCAGAAAUUUGGAAGCAAUCUAAACACGCUGGACAUUGAAUUUUUUGCAGAUAACAUGCUCAGUAUUUUUCCAUGGAUAAUCGAAACGAUACCGCUGAUGCCGCGGCUGGAAACGCUCAAAUUAAGUGACGUCUUGCGUAGAACAUUGUAUCAAUCGAAAGAUGUACCAACCCUACGAAGCCAAACUCUAAAGCAUUUUGUGACGACGGAAAAUGUUAACACGUUGGUGGAUAUGCCGCGGUUGCAAUCAUUUGAUGGUCCAUUAUUGGUACUUGAUCGCCAUGACGACAGUCUCCAGCAUCUUGCGGUCCCUAGCCUUAAGCAUCUUAUCAUACGCAACGCCAGAUUCAGAACGAUUGUACAAAGUAUCGCACGAGACUGCACAAUCAUUCGUUUAUUGCCACCUAUAGAAACUAUGAUAUGGAAAGACGAAUUAUAUAAUGCUGAAAUGUUUAUCGCAAUAUGUGAAUCGUGUACCACGCUGACGGAUCUUAGGUUUACUAAGGACAUACGCUUGUACGACAUGAGCGUUUUGAGUCAUCUAGCAAAGCUCUCCAAUCUUCGCAGCCUUUCAGUAGGCUAUGUGUUAACUCGGUCCCCCAUACAUUUUGACUUUUCGCAACUGACCACGCUAGAGAAGCUGGCAAUAGAUGAGUCAGCAGUCGAAACUCUGAUCCUUCCCGAAUCGUUGAAAAGUCUUCAAUUGGUAAUCGACAAAGACAACGAACGAACCAUGAUAGAAGCCAUCCUUAGCCGCAGUUUGCAGUUGAUAGAACUUGUCGUGUAUUGCGUAAACGACGACUCUGGCAAGGAUAUGACGAUGGAAACGAAGAAGAUUUUACCGCAGCUUCCCAAUCUGAAGAUACAUAAGUUUCACAGUGCACAAUAUGAAAAACCACCUUUUUACCCCCAACAAGAUUUAAAUGACCGACAGCGAAUGCUGAGACGCCAUAAAAAUCGUAUAACCCAGUUUCAGGAACCCAAAACCCAGAUUCAGAAUCGUAUAACCCAGGAUAAAGCGAAUCGCUAUGGGCACCUUAUGGAUCAUAUUUAUUUGUAGAAUCAUGGUUUUGCUCAGUUUCAGAAUAAUGUUUUUGUUCGGAAAUAGACCCAGAUUGAUCAGAAUUUGUAUUGCGAUUAGUUUCUGAAUGCAUUUCAGAUUUAGUAUUACACUCUUCUAUUUUUAUCUUUUGGUAUUCCGGAUCCAUUAAAUGGCAUGGAGUUAUGCUGACUCGCGUAAUACGGCGAAUAACUAUAUCAUAAUAAACUCGAGAGUAAGUCUGUAAGACUACCAGGAAUGUGCCAGAAAUAUGAGAUCAAAAUUAAUCAUGACAAUUAAUUGUAUAAGUUACAAUCAUUCACACGAUUUGUGUAGGUUAGAUUAUGGAUGGAAAUAGCAGAAGCCAAAAUAAAGGUCGAUAAUCAU